AUGGACGCUUACCUUAGUCGUCUCAUGAAUGAUAAUGUCAACCCUGAUAGCCUCUUUGACGACGAGUAUUACCUGUUUGCUGGUGAAGGCUCAGAUCCUGAUGACGUGGAGCACGACGAAUUGGAAGACUCAAGACACAAUACCUAUGUCGACCAUGAUCCAUUGGACUAUGUCUACUCAAACCUCCUAGACCACACACACAUCCUGAAGCACGCCGCAAAUUGCGAUCACUGCAAGGCCAAGAAGUUUGUGUCUGAGGCCCCGGGAUUCUGCUGUCGCAGUGGGCAGAUCCAGCUGAAGCAACCGGAGCCCGUCCCGGAGCUAAUGAGGCUUUGGUCUAGCAUGGAUUCUGACUCAAGGCAUUUUCGGGAUAACAUACGAUUCUUCAACGGCCACUUCUCCUUCACAACCCUCGGCGUCAGCAUUGAUGAAAGCUACACAAACAUGAAGUCUGGGGUGUACACGUUCCGGGCGCACGGCACCAUCUACCACAACGUUCAUUCCUUCGGGCCAACAUCAUGUCCAGAUCAUCUACAGUUGUACUUCUACGACGACGAUCCAGGCCUAACCCAUCGCAAGGCUGCCACCGAGCAAUUAGACCAAGAUGUCGUCAAAAAGUUAGUGGACAUACUCAGGGAAAACCCGUACUCCCAGCAGUUUAGGAGUUUGGGUGCGCACAGGGACAACCUCGACGAUUACAGGAUAGACCUCAACACUGACCAGAGACUAGACCAACGGAAGUAUAAUAGACCUCUGUCAUCGGAGGUCGCUGCAAUUUGGGUGGAGGGCACUGACCUAGCAAAGAGGUUCGAUCGUAGGAUUACACUUCGCGGGAAUGACAACCAGAGGCACAGUAUACAUGUGACGGCUGGCUCGUAUGACCCUCUCUCUUACCCACUCUUCUACCCAAGGGGGGAGCUCGGUUGGCACCCGAAACUUCCUAAACGUGAUGUCCCUUGGCCGGUUGUGCAACAACCAAGAGGUAGAGGUGAUGAUGAUGAUGAUGAGGAUGCAGAGGGGAAUAGCAGGUUAUGCGUCUCGGUGAGAGACUACUACUGUUACAUGCUCCAGACACGACCUGGGAUAUUCAAUCCCAUACUCUGUGGAGCACGAUUGCUCCAGCAAUGGGGGGUGGACAUGUACAUCAAGAUUGAGAGUUGUAGGUUGAAAUGGUACAGGAAGAACCAAACAAAGAUCCGUGCCGACCUGUAUAAAGGAGUUGUUGAUGCAAUUACAUCCGGGGAGACCCGGGCAAGCGCUGUUGGAGUAAGGAUAGUGCUACCUGGAACGUACCCAGGUGGCGACCGCGACAUGAAGCGGAGGCAUAUGGAUGCCAUGACAGCGCAAGACCGACCUGAUCUUGUGGCUCGUGUGUUCCAUGGCAAGCUAGAGGCUAUGAAAGAGAUGUUGUUCAAGAAGAAUAUCCUGGGUGUUGUUGUUGCACAUGUAUACGUAGUCGAGUUCCAAAAGAGGGGCCUCCCCCACGCACACUUUUUGUUGAUCAUGGAUUCUGCCUAUAAGCUUGUCGUUCCAGAGCAGUACGACCGACUCAUUUCUGCCGAGCUCCCAGACAAGCAAAAGUAUCCUGAACUCCACGCCUUGGUGGUGAAACAUAUGAUGCAUGGACCAUGCGGUGCUCUCAACCCCAAAAAUGUUUGCAUGCAACAGAACGAGUGCAAGUGCAGAUACCCGCGGUCGUUCAAUGAAAACACGGCACAGGGCAAGGACUCAUACCCUGUUUAUCGUCGUCGAGAUAAUGGUCGGCAGGCUAAGGUCCGGGGUAAAAUGUUGGACAACAGAUGGGUUGUGCCGUAUAACCCUUACCUGCUGCAGAUGUUCAAUUGCCACAUAAACGUUGAGGUUUGCUCCAGCAUAAAGGCCGUCAAAUACCUUUACAAGUACAUAUACAAGGGCCAUGAUAGGGCUUCUUUCAGCAUCGACCAGCCUGACGCUGAUGGUAACAUUGAUGAGAUCAAAAGAUACGUAGACGCGAGGUGGGUUACUCCUCCAGAGGCGAUGUGGAGGAUAUUUGGCUUCCCCUUGUGUGCCAGUGACCCGUCUGUCCUACAGUUGCCUCUUCAUCUCCCGAAUAUGCACAGGUUGGCAUUCAAUGAGCAAGCUGACUUGACUGACGUAGUCGCCUCUGAGAAAGCUUCCAAAUCCAUGUUGACAGAGUAUUUCAAAGCUAACCAAAACCACCCGUGGGCUAGGAAUAUAUUGUACAAGGAUUUUCCUGGAAGGUUUACAUGGCAGAAGGGUAAGAAGUAUUGGAAAGAGCGGGUGGAGCGUUAUCAGAUAGGUCGAAUUGUGUCUGCCAAUCCUGCCGAGGGGGAGCGAUACUAUCUGCGUGUGCUGCUAAACCAUGUUGCUGGCAAGACAUCCUAUGAGGACCUGCUCACCGUGGACGGUAGGCUAUGCGGGAGCUUUAGAGAGGCUGCCGAAAGGUUGGGACUCAUCGAGGCAGAUAACACGCUCGACGACUGUCUUACUGAGGCAGAGCAGUGGGCGAUGCCAUGUUCGCUCAGGAGGCUCUUUGCAACAAUUUUGGUGCACUGUGAGCCAGGCGACGUGCGUGGUUUAUGGGAUAGGCACUUCGAGCCUAUGUCUGAUGACUAUCGGCGAUCACACACGUGCCCGAUUGAGGUGGAACAGAUGGUGUUGCUUGACAUUAGGGGUAUGUUGCAGUCCACGGGCAAAGACAUAGCUGAUUUCUCUCUUCCAUGCAUUGACGAUGCAUUCGACCCAACCGAGGGAGAGGCCAGAGAAGUGAUCGAGGAAUCCAACGUCGAUUUUGACAUCAACGACACUAAAUUGGCUUCGUCACUAAACUUGGAGCAGAGGGUUGCAUACGACGAGAUACUAGCUUCUGUUGAACGCGCUGAUGGGGAUGUGUUCUUUGUUGAUGGACCGGGAGGUACAGGGAAGACCUUCCUGUACAGGGCGCUGCUCGCCAAGGUUCGAAGCGAGGGAAACAUCGCUAUCGCUACCGCGACGUCAGGCAUCGCCGCUUCUAUCAUGCCUGGAGGCAGGACUGCCCACUCGAGGUUCAAGAUCCCAUUGAGCUGCGACGAUGGCGCCUCAUGCACCUUCACGAAACAGAGUGGUACCGCCAAGCUACUGAGGAUGGCCUCAUUGAUACUAUGGGACGAGGCCACCAUGACUAAGCGACAGGCGGUCGAGGCACUUGACAACAGUAUGCGCGACAUCAUGGGAAGACGGGACCGACCCUUUGGAGGAAAAACUGUUGUGUUUGGCGGGGACUUCCGGCAGGUGCUUCCGGUCGUCAGGAGGGGGUCCCGGGGUCAGAUAAUCGAUGCAACCCUUCGAAGUUCACACCUCUGGAAGGGUAUGCGCCAGCUAAGGCUCGUCACCAACAUGAGGGCUCAUAAUGACACCUGGUUUGCGGAUUACUUGCUAAGGGUAGGCAAUGGCACUGAGGAAGUUGACGAUCAAGGAAACAUACGACUCCCUGAAGAUAUUUGUGUGCCGUCUACAGGCGAGGGUGAUGACCUGGAGAAGCUGAUUGACCAUGUGUUUCCCAGACUAGAUGACAACAUGUCCGAUCCGAAUUACAUGACUUCACGCGCAAUCCUCUCCACCACGAACGACAACGUCGACAAGAUAAACAUACGCAUGGUAGAGCGUUUUCGGGGAGAAGAAGUAAUCUACCAUAGCUUUGACAAUGCAGAAGAUGACCCGUAUGGCUACUACGCUCCCGAGUUCCUAAAUGGAUUGACUCCCAACGGUCUGCCUCCGCAUACACUCAAACUGAUGCUCAACUGCCCCGUCAUACUUCUGAGGAACAUUGAUCCGGCUAAUGGUCUGUGUAACGGGACGAGGCUUGUGGUGCGAGGUUUCAAGAGGAACGCCAUCGACGCAGAAAUCGUGAUCGGACAACACGCAGGUAGGAGGGUAUUCCUUCCUCGAAUACCCCUAUGCCCGUCUGACAACGACAUGUUUCCAUUCAAGUUCAAGAGGAAGCAAUUUCCUGUAAGGCUUAGCUUUGCUCUGACGAUUAACAAGGCUCAAGGCCAGACGAUUCCGAUUGUUGGCGUGUACCUACCUAAUCCUGGAACAAAGAUUGAAGCAAUUGCCUUCAGCAACCAAGCUUAUCGAUUCAACGACAUUCUGCAGACUGGGCUAACAUAUGACUUCAGUAACGUCGGGAUAAACCCCACGGAAAUGCUAGAUGGUCACUUCUGGUAUCUAUGCAUGGAGUUUGUCAUUGAACUAAAUGCUAUAACCAUGGUAAACCGGAGGGAUAAGUGCAUGGAGACUAUGAGGGAGAGCACAUUCUUGUUCUCCCCCAACAUUAAUGAUGAUGCUCAUCAUCUUCAAGAUAUCCACGAAGCCUGCUUAAUGACACUUGACGAAACACUAUCAUACGUCAAUGCUGCAGUUGUAGCCAGGAAUAAUGGACAGUAG